CCCAAACGAUCGCAUCUACAACUGUAUUAUAUCAUAUACAUUUUUUCUUAUCAGAUAAUGUGAUACGUUUUUGAUAAAAGUAUUGUACAAAUGCGCAAAAUUGGGGUAUAUGUAAUCUUAAACAAAAUAAUUUCCUCUCAGUGUAGGUUACGUCUAUUCUUGUUAUAUUAUAUAGGUCUUGCGUUACCAUUACCGUGCAGACGAUGCUUAAAUCAAUUUAGCACGUUGUGGUCUUGGCACGGUACAUACACACAAUAAAUUACAAGUUCCUUAUCGAAUUGAAAAUAUUUAGUUGCUCCUGUACCUAGACUGAACGCUAAUAAAUAAUAAUAACAAUAUAGCUUUAUUUUAUUCUAUAAAAAUACUAGCAUAUACACUCCACAAGACAUGACAUUUAGUAAGCAAUAAAAAAAGUUGUGUUUGUAUUUAUUUGGCACCCCAAGGCAUUCCACAAUUUUCUCUAGCCAUCUUUCGAAGGACGUUGAAAGGUAUUAAUACUUGGUCUUAAUAUUUAUUCUCAAUCCUGGAUUAUGUUAAGAUCUGUGUUGGAAAGUUAUACUUUAGUAUGAUUAUUUCUACAGGCAUUUGAAGAUAACAUACCUAGGCUCUUUAAAUACUUGGGCACCUAGAUUAGACCUAAGUGGUCUAUUCACGACCUAAUAUUACUAAUGUUAAGUGUCGAUUAGUGCAACAGUACUGACUGAACAAUAACAAUUCCCAUUGCGGCAUUGCUGUGAUAACUCGUCUAAUAUAUUGUGUUUAUUAUCUAGAACAAUAUCUAUGAGAAUGAUAACAGUUUUCAGCGUGUACUUGUGAAGUGCAGGUGUUGUGAUUUUUAUUGUGUGUUUAAGUGGUCAUAAAAUAUUGCAUAUUUUGAAUGAGCCAGCCCGAACGACGAGUAUAAACCAACAAUGCGUGUAAAAAGAGAUAGGUCGACUGCCACAGCGUUCACAAAAUUCCGAUUAUUGAUAUGGAAGAACUUUUUACAACAAUGGAGACAUCCAUGGCAGACCAUACUUGAACUGGUCCUUCCUGUGGGAACUAUGGCACUGGUGUUAAUAGUUCGUAUGGAAAUAGAACCAGUUAAAAGAGAUGUCAUACAUUAUCCCCCAAUAGCAGCGCAUUCUUUAAAUUUCUCUUUGCCUGUUCUAUCAGGCAUGAAUUUAAGCGAAAUGUCGAUAGCCUACUCGCCAGAAAAUCCAAUAUUAGAAGAUGUAAUUCGAACGGCCUGCGUCAAUUUAUUUGUUGACAACAUUAGAGAUAUUUUAGAAUUAAUCAUCUCACAGAUCCCCGAUUUUCCCGAAAUACCGCCCGAUAUAAACUUAAAUAAUACAUUAAUUAUUGAAGUUGCAAAGUUUCUUGUUAAAGUUCGUCCAUAUAGCAACAGUCAUGACCUCAGAAGCAUUUAUGUGGAUGAAAUAUUUACACGAAAAAUACUUGCUGCUGUCGAAUUUGAUGACGAAUUAGCAGGAAUCGCAGAAUUGCCAAGUGACGUUAAAUAUGUCUUACGUUUUCCUGAAAGACCGAGGUUGAAUUCAUUCUUCGCGACUGGUAGUCGAACGUGGCAUUCCGACAAUGUUUUUCCAUUUUUCCAAAUACCCGGCCCUAGAUUCCCUUUUUCAUGGGAAGGUGGUAAUUCACCAGGCUACGUAAACGAAUUAUUCAUUGCCUUACAACAUUCACUAUCGAUGGAGUUAGUAUCUCGUCUCACAAAUAGAAACUUACGUGACUUCAAAGUAAAUAUACAAAGAUAUCCCCAUCCAGCAUACCUUGAAGACCUAGCUGUGGAUGCGCUGAAGCUUUUAUUUCCUAUGUUUGUUAUGAUCAGCUUCAGUUACACCGCUGUUAAUAUUGUUCGAGUUAUUACUUUGGAGAAAGAGUCUCAACUAAAGGAAAUAAUGAAAAUAAUGGGUCUCCCAACAUGGUUGCAUUGGAUUGCGUGGUUUUUCAAACAAUUCGUGUACAUGUUUAUAAUUUCUAGUCUUCUCGUAGUAUUGCUUAAGGUAAAUUGGUUUACAACUGAGGAGGGUUUUAGCGAAUAUGCAGUGUUUACAAAUACACCGUGGACCGUUCUUCUCUUCUUUAUAACCCUGUAUUUGACGUGUACCAUAUUCUUCUGUUUCAUGCUGAGUGGCUUCUUCAGUAAAGCAAGUACGGCGGCGUUGUUCACUGGGGUAAUAUGGUUUUUGACGUAUCUACCAUCGUUCCUCCUCAGCAUGGAGACUGAGGUGCCACCUUUUCUUCAAGCGCUGACGUGUGUGGCCCUCAACUCGGCCAUGUCUUAUGGCUUCCAGUUACUUAUUUCCAAGGAGAGUGUAGAUGGUAUGACCUGGGACAGUUUUUUCAGCUCGCAUAGUCUGGAUUCCAAUCGAUUCCUCUUUGGACACGUUGUAAUCAUGUUAUUGUUUAAUUCGAUACUAUAUAUGCUUGUGGCAUUAUAUCUGGAGCAAGUAUUGCCGGGAACAUGGGGUACACCCAGACCUUGGUACUUUUUACUGCAGAAGUCAUUUUGGUUCCCAUCAAAAGUGGAUAGUUUAGAUUUAGAAGUUGAGGAUAAUGAGAUGCAUAUAGUAAAAGAGAAUGAUCCAACGGACCACGAAGUUGGUGUAAAAAUAAGCAAUUUAACAAAAGUGUACGGGAAUAACAUAGCUGUGAAUAAUAUUAAUUUAAAUAUAUACGACGACCAAAUUACGGUGUUACUCGGACAUAACGGAGCUGGUAAAUCCACUACAAUCUCCAUGUUAACAGGGAAUGUUCCAAUAACAAGAGGUAGUGUUAAAUUAGCGGGUUACAACAUAGCAUCUCAGUUGCAACUUGCCCGUGCGCACCUCGGUUUAUGUCCGCAGCAUAACGUGCUAUUUAACGAGCUCACUGUUAAAGAGCAUUUGGAGUUCUUCGCGCGGCUUAAGGGGUUCUCUGGCAAGGAAUUGGAUAACGAGAUAAAUACGUUAAUUGAAAAAUUGGAAAUGCAGGAAAAGCGCAAUUAUUUAUCGCAAGGUCUAUCGGGUGGACAAAAACGGCGUUUAUCUGUUGGCAUUGCGCUGUGUGGAGGCGCUCGAGUUGUGUUAUUAGAUGAACCUACAUCAGGCAUGGACCCGGCUUCCCGAAGAGCACUUUGGAACCUUUUGGAAAAAGAGAAAAAAGGUAGAUCAAUGAUACUGACAACACAUUUUAUGGACGAGGCUGAUUAUUUGGGCGAUCGAGUGGCUAUCAUGUCCACUGGAGCCUUACAAUGUAUCGGUUCACCCUACUUCUUGAAGACGCACUAUGGAAUAGGAUAUACACUUGUGGUUGUGAAGGAAGAGGGAUUCCAAUUGGAUGUAUGCACUAACAUCAUUUGCAAAUAUCUACCUGAUACUGUUCAUAAGGAUGACGAUGCCGUGGAGGUAACGUAUAGACUACCAAGCUCGAACCGAGAUGUGUUCGAAGAAAUGCUAAAUGACUUGGAAAAUAAUAGAUCUUCCAUUCGGUUUAAAAACUAUGGGUUAAUUGCGACGACUCUUGAGGAUGUUUUUAUGUCAGUGGGUUCGGAUACAGAAAUCAGUUCUUUGUCCGAUGAUGCGACGAUUGUCGGCGAAAAUUCUGAUGAUCUCAAAGACAGUGGUUUCGACGUCUCAUCUCUGGAGAGAUUGGACAAAGCAUUAGUAAACGAGACAGGUCACAGAUUACUCUGGCUGCACGUCAAGGCCACUUGGUUGAAGUUAUGGUUGGUCUGGACUAGAUCCUGGGGUGUGUUACUACUUCAAAUUCUGGUGCCAGUAUUACAGAUAAAUAUCAGUUUGGCCAUUACAAACUAUAUUUUGAUUAACCGCUCUACGGUUAUUUCGAGACUUCUAUCGCUUACUGAAGGAUACAUAUCUACGGAGACAUUGCUUUCUUUCAACGGUACCGAAUCUUUAUCCCUGGGCGGCCUCGCGAAGGCUGGCUAUGAGCUGAUUUUCAAAAAUUCUGAUCGCGAUUCUAUGAUACUACAUGACUUAGAAAAUGGAUCCGUUGACGGAAGUUAUUUGGAGCUAACGGAAGAUCCAGUGACAAUGGGCGUGCUACGCAAUAAAAUCCUGAUAGGUGCCACCUUUAGUGAGGAAUCCGGAACCGCCUGGUUCAGCAACUUUGGUUAUCACGACGUGGCAACUUCACUUGCAACUCUCCACAACGCAUUGCUGAAGGGUCUCAAUCCUGAAGCUAAUCUCACAGUUUACAACCAUCCCCUUGACGCGAACUAUAGAGAUAAUACAGAUCUUCAAACUAUGGUCUCAUUGUUAUCAAUGCAAGUGGCCACCGCAGUCGGAAACAGUUUGGCUAUCGCCAGUGCUGUCUAUGUCAUGUUUUAUAUUAAGGAACGUGUUAUUCGCGCUAAGUUGCUUCAAAAGGCAGCUGGUGUUCGUCCAAUAGUGAUGUGGAGUUCUGCAGCUAUCUUUGACUGGGUGUGGUUCCUAUUACUCAAUUUAACUAUCGUCGCCUCCUGCGCAGCAUUUAAUGUCAUUGGCCUUAGUACUACAGCUGAGCUCGGUCGUAUGUACUUGUGUCUCAUGGUAUACGGCGCCGCCAUGUUGCCUCUGCACUAUCUGUUCUCGCUUGUGUUUAACGGACCAGCCGUUGGUUUCGUUAUUAUGUUCUUUAUAAAUGUACUUUUUGGUUUAAUGGGUGCUCAGAUAGUAGAAACGCUGAGCUCACCAAUGCUCAGCACGGGCGCAGUUGCCCAGUAUAUGGACUAUGUAUUACAGUUCUUCCCUCUGUACAGUCUCGUCACCGCUGUUAGAACCCUAAACCACAUUGGUCUGACGAAGUUCUCUUGUAUGGAGAUGUGUGACUAUCUUUUGUCCACUUUUCCCAACCUCGGAGAAUGCACCAUGCAAAAUAUAUGUGAAAACCUCUCAGAAAAUUGUUGUGUUCGCGAGAACCCAUACUUCGAGUGGGAGAAACCGGGAAUCUCUCGUUAUCUUCUGAGUAUGGUGAUCUCCUGCGCCGUUCUGUGGAGUCUGAUGUUUAUGUUGGAGUACAGGUUGAUUCAGAGGUUAUUUGUAUGGAGCAGACGCCCGGCUCCAUUGGACGAAGCCUCCUUAGACCCGGACGUGGCCGACGAAGUGCGUCACGCGAAACAAGCGCCGCUCGCUGCGCACACGCUGGUUGCUCACUCCCUUUCCAAGUACUAUGGGAAAAAUCUUGCAGUAGAUCAGAUAUCUUUUACUGUGGGUGAGGCGGAAUGUUUCGGUCUUCUGGGAGUAAACGGGGCUGGGAAGACCACCACCUUCAAAAUGCUUAUGGGAGAUGAGUCCAUCUCAAGUGGAGAUGCUUACGUGUGCGGACACUCAGUUCGCUCUGACCUCAAUAAAGUUUAUGAAAAUAUUGGAUACUGUCCCCAGUUCGAUGCCGUGUUCGGCGAACUGACGGGACGUGAGACGCUCCGAUUGUUUUCAUUGUUCCGUGGCAUCCGUGACGAGUAUUCAACUGCGCGUGCGCAUAUGCUGGCUGCUGCGCUUGGAUUUACGAAGCAUUUGGAUAAGCGGGUGGAUCAGUACUCGGGCGGCAACAAGCGUAAGCUGAGUACGGCGAUAUCUCUGAUGGGCGGGGCUCGGCUCGUGUUCGUAGAUGAGCCGACUACGGGCGUAGACCCCGCCGCUAAGAGACAAGUGUGGCGGGCUCUUAGGAAUGCUAGACGCGCGAACACGUCUUUCGUACUAACAUCGCACAGUAUGGAGGAAUGCGAAGCGCUCUGCUCCCGUCUGACCGUGAUGGUACACGGACGCUUCCAAUGUCUCGGAUCACCGCAACAUCUCAAGAAUAAAUUCUCGCAAGGUUUCACGUUGACAAUAAAAGUGAAAUCGGGUGAUAAUGAAGGACCAAGCAACAUUGACUUAAUUAAAAGCUAUGUCAUGGCAAACUUUAUCCGUCCACGACUGAUGGAGGAGUACCAGGGCCUUAUAACUUAUUACCUCCCAGACCGUACCGUGUCCUGGGCCAAAAUGUUUGGGAUAAUGGAGAGAGCGAAAAAAAGUCUACCACUUGAAGACUACAGUAUUUUACAGACAUCCCUCGAACAGAUAUUUCUACAGUUCACCAAAUAUCAACAAAGUGAGGAAACUACUCAUUUCUAGGUUAUGUCGAGUAUACAUUAUUGGAAUUUAUUGUAUUAACUCAAUUGUAAGCACGGAAUAUUUAAUUGAAUGUAAACCAUUGUAUAUAAAGAAAUCAUUCUUCAUAGAUUUUGCAUAUUUCAAGGUUCUAGUGUAGUCCCUUCAAAGGCCUUUUCAAGUUAAUAUCUAUUUCGAAUCUAGUACAUUUUCUGAUACUAUGACCAGUGAAUACGUUACAUUAGUUAUUUCUGAGAAAGUAUAAAACUUUAUAUCCGUAAUGCACAUCGGGUACCCAACUUCAAAUUAAUUUUUGAGCAAAGGAAUUAAUAUAUAAUUUGCUUGCUUAUUGUUAUCGAAAUUAUAUAAAAUUGUUAAGAUAAAAUUACAUAUAGCAAUUUCUUGGAUAAGAUUUGGGACCAGAAAUCCGUGUCGAGUUUAAAAAUGAUUUUUACCAUGACUAAAUUAUAGUUUAGUAUGUAUAUAAUACUUUAAUAUGCACAUACAACAAUCAUGACUCCAUGACAUGUUAAGCACAUGUUAACUUAUAUUUAGAUCUAAGUACUUCAAACAGCUUAAUUGUAUUAUUUAAAAGAUUUUUUAUAAGAAAAUUAUUGUACAUUUGAAUAAAUAAAAAGAAUUAAAAUUU